AAAAAACCGCGACUCGUCUUUACCGACAUACAGAGGCGGACUCUAGUGGCGAUUUUUCGCGAGACCAAGAGACCAAAUAAGGACAUGCAGAAUACAAUAGCCGAACAGCUCGGCUUGAAACCGUCGACCGUCGCGAAUUUUUUCAUGAACGCCCGUAGACGGUCUCUAGACAAAUAC